CGGAUUUAGCUAAAAUCAGUCGUUCACCAAAGAAAAAUCUUUGCGUCUAUGGGGACCUUUAGACUCGGUGAUGGGCCUUUACACUCAUAUAUAUCCAUAAAAUUUUGAUUGCCAAUGCUUGUUUAGAAUUACUUUUUUUUGUGUGUUUGUAGUUGUGGGAGUAUUUUUCCGAGACCUGUAUGGCAUUGUAUUGUGUAUGCUUUUCUUGCCUCGCAAAAUUUCAUACACCAUAUUGGCACUCGCAGGUGCGUUUCAGGGGCUGCUGCCGCCCCCUUCUUGCUCCACGCUUCUAACUUGUAGUGUCGGAGCGGGUCGAGGAGGGGCCGCAUCGCUAGUGCAGUGAGCGAUAUUAUGCUCGCUGCACUAGAGGAGCCGAAUUUCCAUUUUAAGAAACGGAAAUUCGGCUGUUAAAGUUACCAGAGGUGGCUUUUUGCCGCCCCUGGUAACUGGCUUCUCCGUGCUGCCUGAGGCAAGAUUCUCGUCUUGCCUCAUAGCCACAGUGGCCCUGGGCACUCAAUGGUCCCCCCCCCUAAAGCUGCCACCAUAGACAAGCGUCCUUAAGUGCCUACAUGGCAAAUAUGGUUGUUGGCAGAAAUAGUUUUGUUGAAACAUGCUGAGGGAAUUGUCACUGCUUAGGCUUGUGGCACAUGUAGCAUUUUGAUUCUGCCUUUGUUGUCAGGAUGAACGUUAGGGGUCAAAAUGUCCAAUAUGACUGUUUGGCUUUUCUAGCUCCUUUAACCCCCAUUAGCAUCUCCCAUGCUUUUUAGUGGAGGCAAUGGCAGACAAUUAAGCCGACUUGUUGCAAAGCCCUAAGGGUGGUGAUUCCAGGCCUAUGUAGCCAAGUCAAUUAAAAGCUCCACAGGAUCAGGAGUGAUUCAGAGCACGUAGUCACCUACCCACAGAGCUAUUAAUUGCCUGAGAGGUAAUGCCUGGAAUUGCUAUGCGUGCCAUUGCCUUAAAUCUAUAUGCUCGCUAUCCUUUCUGCUUCCCCAAAUCGUCAUUGUUCUCACAAUGACUACCUUUUCUAAUUGUGUCUUUGUGUUUUUGCUACCUUGCAGGGUUCCUUUCAAUAGGCCACGCUACAUGGUAAAAAUCUGAUGGCCUUGGAGAUUGUCGAUUUAAAAUAAAAAAAAUAAAAAAAGUGUGUACUAAACACCGGAUAUAACCGGAACCACCGCCAAGAGAGCAAACCAAAGGACAAAGACUUUUGCACUUCUAUACACUGUUUUUUUAUUAACACUCGUUUUAUAAGAAUUGUUAAAGCUUGAACACUCGACUAAUCAUGAGAGCUUCAUUGGAAGCGGCGGAUAUUGCCAUAGUGGCAUUGUACUUUGUUCUCGUGUUAUGUUUAGGAUUUUUUGCCAUGUGGAAAUCAAACCGAAGUACUGUGAGUGGAUACUUCCUGGCAGGUCGGUCUAUGACCUGGGCAGCUGUUGGCGCCUCACUUUUUGUCAGCAAUAUUGGUAGUGAACACUUUAUUGGACUCUCCGGAUCUGGAGCCGCAAGUGGAUUUGCAGUGGGCGCUUGGGAAUUAAAUGCCUUGUUACUUCUGCAGCUCCUUGGAUGGGUCUUCAUUCCAGUCUAUAUACGUUCAGGAGUAUAUACUAUGCCUGAGUAUUUAUCAAGACGAUACGGAGGACAUAGAAUCCAAGUGUAUUUUGCAGUGUUAUCCUUAAUUCUGUACAUCUUUACCAAACUCUCUGUUGACCUGUAUUCAGGGGCAUUGUUUAUACAGGAAUCUCUGGGAUGGAAUCUAUACUUAUCUGUGAUCCUGCUCAUCGGAAUGACUGCUCUCCUCACUGUCACUGGUGGAUUGGUGGCUGUCAUCUACACAGAUACUCUCCAGGCUUUGCUUAUGAUUAUUGGAGCUCUUACACUUACCAUAAUAUGCUUUGUAGAAAUCGGAGGGUUUGAGGAAGUAAAAAGGAGAUAUAUGUUGGCAACUCCCAAUGUCACCUCAAUUUUACAGACCUAUAAUCUUACCAACACAAACUCAUGCCACGUCUCUCCAAAGCCAGAUGCCCUAAAGAUGCUACGUGAGCCUACUGACGAAGACAUUCCAUGGCCUGGAUUUAUUUUAGGUCAAACUCCAGCUUCAGUGUGGUAUUGGUGUGCCGACCAAGUUAUUGUGCAGAGGGUUUUGGCUGCAAAAAACAUAUCUCAUGCAAAAGGAUCAACUCUCAUGGCAGGAUUUCUGAAAAUUUUACCCAUGUUCAUAAUCGUCAUUCCUGGAAUGAUCUCCAGAAUAUUGUUUGUUGAUGAUAUUGCUUGCAUUAAUCCAGAGCACUGUAUGGCAGUGUGUGGAAGCAGAGCUGGAUGCUCCAAUAUUGCUUAUCCCCGUUUGGUAAUGAAAGUUCUACCGGUAGGCUUAAGAGGGCUUAUGAUGGCUGUUAUGAUUGCAGCGCUCAUGAGUGACUUGGACUCCAUCUUUAAUAGUGCAAGCACUAUCUUUACUCUGGACAUAUACAAAUUCAUGCGUAAGAGUGCAACAUCACGUGAGCUUAUGCAGGUGGGAAGAGUCUUUGUAGCCUUCAUGGUGGUCAUCAGUAUUGCCUGGGUGCCAAUAAUUAUUGAAAUGCAGGGAGGUCAGAUGUACCUCUACAUCCAAGAGGUAGCAGACUAUCUAACUCCUCCAGUGGCAGCUUUGUUCCUUCUGGGCAUAUUUUGGAAACGCUGCAAUGAACAAGGUGCAUUUUACGGUGGAGUGGUUGGCUUUGUACUUGGAUUUGCCCGUCUGAUUCUUGCCUUUGUCUAUCGUACACCAGAAUGCAACCAGCCUGAUACAAGACCCAGCUUUAUCAAACACAUCCACUAUAUGUACAUAGCCACUGCUCUGUUCUGGAUCACUGUUAUUAUAGCUAUUAUAGUCAGCCUUUUAACACCAGCUCCAAAGAAGGAGCUGAUUCGAACCACCACCUUCUGGGCACUUAAAGACAAAACUGUGAAAACAGAAAAGAACUACGAGGAGGAAUCUUAUAAAGAACAGGAUAAAAAUAUUCAGUGCACUGAAAAUAACAUUAAGCAAGCUCUUCCAAAUGGGAAGUCUGAUGAACACAUCAAAAAUGAUCAAACAGAGGACAUUACUCUGCUUAUGACUUACAAAGAGGAUAGCAAUCCACUGAGCUCCUUAAGUGUCUCUGAAGCAGAGACCCCAGUGGAUUGCUAUUCCAACGGGCAGGCAGCUCUGAUGGGCCAAGUACCUACAGAAGGGGCUGCCGAGUACCAGAGCAAAUGCUCCAAAUUUUUUGACUGGUUCUGUGGGUAUAAAAGUGAGACUGCCAACAAUCGGGCCAUAAAGGCGGAGGUAGAGGACGAAGCAGCUUGUUUGAAAAUGCUGGAAGAGAAUCCGGUUGUUACACGGGUUCUCAACACUGGACUGGUUUGUGUGUGCUCGGUGGGAGUAUUUAUGUUCCUAUACUUCUCCCUGUAAGUGUUUUGUUUGACUUUUUCAACAGGACUUAAAUGUGAAUCCCAAGUGUUCUGAUAGCAAAGCCUUGGAUUUACUGAAGUCCAAGCAAAAGUCACGUUUUUUGACCUUGUGAUCGCAGACCACGUCUGGCUUUUCUCUAUCUGGAUUCACCUAAGAAUAUUGUCCUAUUGUUAUUUCAACCAAAAAUUUAAUUUAUUAUUCAAAAAAAAAAAAAGAAAGGUUUACUGGUUAAAUCAUGUAAAUUGUUUGUCUCACGUGUUCCAGAGGAAGAGGUAUUGGGCACACCAAAUUUUUUUUACAUUUUGUUUUGUAAAGAAAUUAAAUUUUUUAUUUUUUGCAAACUA